UUCGAGUGCCUUUGCACUUCUUUUGCCAGCCCACUUCUAAUUCCAAGGUUAGAGAUCGAGGGAGGUUUUUAUUUAUUUCCUUUUGAACAGACAAACUCGAUCAGUAUGCCAAGAAGAUUUGUUUGGCCAAAACAAGACUUAGUUGGUGCUCAUCAAGAGCUCACGGAGCCAGUCGUGGACCUUGAGGGUUUCUUUAGAGGUGACGAGGAGGCAAUAAAGCAGGCUUCUGAUAUCAUUAAGGCUGCUUGCUUGCAACAUGGUUUUUUCCAAGUGAUCAAUCAUGGAGUUGAUCUCAAUCUCAUUAGUCUCGCCCAUGAUCACAUGCAUAAUUUCUUUAAGCUUCCAACUUGCGAUAAACUAAGGGUUCGGAGGAUGCCAGGUAGCAUUUGGGGGUAUUCUAGUGGACAUGCUGAUCGGUAUUUGUCUAAAUUGCCAUGGAAAGAGACGUUAUCUUUUGGCUACAAUGAAAACUGUCCGAAUCCUAUCGGGAUAGACUUUUUCAAGUCUACCUUAGGGAAGGAUUUUGAACAAACAGGCUUGGUCUAUCUAAAAUAUUGUGAGGCUAUGAAGGGUUUGUCCCUCUCCAUAAUGGAACUAUUGGCAAUCAGCUUGGGAGUUGAUCGAGGGUAUUACAAAAGCUUUUUUGAAGAUGGUUGCUCUAUAAUGAGAUGUAACUUCUACCCUCCUUGUCAAGAGCCAGGUCUUACUCUAGGCACUGGACCUCAUCGUGAUCCCACAUCGCUAACCAUACUUCACCAAGAUCAAGUCGGAGGUCUAGAAGUCUUUUCAGACAACGUAUGGCAGACGGUUCGUCCCCGUCAAAGUGCCCUUGUUAUUAACAUUGGCGAUACCUUUAUGGCCUUAUCGAAUGGGACCUACAAGAGCUGCCUGCACAGGGCAGUGGUCAACAAGUACGAGGAGAGGAGAUCGUUGGCAUUCUUUCUUUGCCCAAAAGAAGACAAGGUGGUGAGACCACCACUAGAUCUUGUGUGCAAUCAAGGGAGAAGGAUGUACCCAGACUUUACAUGGUCGGAUUUGCUCCAUUUCACACAGAAGUACUACAGAGCUGAUGAUGCUACCCUUCAGAACUUCACCAAAUGGAUCAUUUCUCCAAAAUAAGCAAGCCUCUAAUGCUCUUAUCAUGGGAUCUCUACUCACGUCAAGUACAUAUAUACAUGUCCGAUGUUCGUGCCUAGAUGUCAAUUAAGGUUUCCAGACGCCUUGAUUGUCAAAAUCAUGAAGAUAUAUAUGUGCUUUUCUUUUCUGUGUGGUUGUGCUUUGUAUCGCUGCUCUUCUUAUUUUGUUAUGUUUUGCACCCUUUUCUUCUGUAACGUCAUCUGUCUUUCCUUCUUUCAUUCUCUUCUGUUUAGGAAAGCACUUA